AAACACCCCGACUGAAAUAGAGAAAACCCCAUCUCCGCAUCACCCUUAAACCAUCGCUCACAGUUCUCUUUCUAGCUCGUCCAUUCCGCGCAAGAAUAGCUGGUAGCGGCGAGACGAGCAAUCGCCGUAACUCGAUCUUACCCUCCACCACCGCCAUCUUCGUUUCUCGUCGUCGCUCUUCAUAGGUAGACCUCUUGGCUCCGGCUUCAAUUCCAAUUUCUGCUUUUCGUUUCCAGUAGCUUCACUGAUUCAUUGGGUCGUGUAUCGAGUCAGUCCCCGCCAGAUCUCGUUCGAUUCCUUCGUUGUUACGAAUUUCUAGUUAUUCUGAUUACCAAUGGAUCGCUUGUGGGUUGAGCUUGUUUUCGUUUGCGAUUUUGUGCCGCUGGUGAUUUUAUCGUACCUGUUGAUAUCGUCAAUUAGGGUUUGGGUUUUGGUUUUCAGCUGCCUUUGCGUCCCUGUUUGUUGAUGGAUUUCGUGGAUCUCGGUCCAGAGGUUGUUUCUUGCUGUAUCUGCUAUUUUAGGGACUGCGGUUUGAAGUUUUUUUUCUUGUCAUGGUUUCAGGUUUUAGUUUUUGGAAGCGAUGGCGUCCAAAUUGCAUCAGUUGCAAUCCAAGGCUUGCCAAGCGACUCAGUUCGUAUCCAAGCAUGGCACUACCUACUACAAGCAGUUAUUGGAGCAGAACAAGCAGUACAUUCAGCAACCUGCUACUGUUGAGAAGUGCGAUGAAUUGUCCAAGCAAUUGCUCUACACUCGACUGGCCAGCAUCCCCGGGCGAUAUGAAGCAUUCUGGAAGGAACUUGAUUACGUGAAAAACCUAUGGAAGAGGAGGCAGGAGCUGAAGGUCGAGGAUACAGGCAUUGCUGCGCUGUUUGGACUCGAGUGCUUCGCUUGGUAUUGUGCUGGUGAGAUCGUCGGGAGGGGAUUCACCUUCACUGGCUACUACCCUUGAGAGAGAUAAUAACCCCACUCUGUAGGACGGUUUGUCCGGAGAGAUAAUAGCUUCAGUUGUCAUCUGUGUGAUUGGAACGAACUGCUGGCACUCUACUAGCAGAAUUUUUACUUUUUUCCUUCCCCUGCAAAAUUUUUGAAAUCCCUAAACAUUAGUGGUUACAAUUUGUGGCCCUCAAUAAUUUGCUAGGUCGAAGCUGAUUUAGGAGUUCUGCUCGUUGGUUUCAUUUAUCUUUUUGGUAAAGAUCAAUACUGCUUCUCUCAUGGAAUGACCAUAAAUUUCUCAGCUGUUUAGUUAACUUCAGUUCGACCCAUCUUUGUAAUCACCCUCUGCUGAGUUCGACUUUCCCCAGCUGAAAUCCUUUGCCGGAACUUGGAAUAGAGUUGAAAUCCUUUA